GUUGAAAAUCCAUAAAACGCGAAAGCAUGAGAUACUUGGCAUCAGAAUAAGCAUCGAGAAAUAGAAGACAGUUUCAAAGAAUAACAACAACAAAAACAACAAGAUGAAAAUUGCGUUCGUACUCAUCCUUUUCCUGUCUCUUGCAUUAGUGGAUAAAGCUCAUUCUGGCUGGUUCAGUAAGAUAGGUAAGAAGAUAUCCAACGGGUUUAAAAAAGGUGUGAAGGCAGUCAAGAAACAUUUUCCCACGAUAAAGAAAGUGCUCAAGGGAGCACUGCAAGGAGCUGUAGGUUCGCUCGGAGACGAAGAUUUGAUGGAAUUGAGGAGAAUUAAAGCAGAGAACGAAGCGGAAUACCAGCUUGUGAGAUCACUAUUAGCUGACGAAAUCGCCUUUCAGAAAGGAGAGAAUGCUGGAAUGAUUGAGGAAGCUCUGGAUGCGAUCAUGGAAAUGUCGGAAGGACAAUUCCAACAACUCAUGGCUGAUCAGAGAAACGAGAAUUACGAAGUCGAGCUGUUCCAGUAACGGAUGUACUUAUCACCGGAACGACUACGUCGACCGAAAUACACCAUUUUAUUGUUUUGUGAACAUAGAGAAUUUUCAGAAAAUAAAAAAUAAA